AUGGUCGAUAAUGGACAACAAGAUGACUGGCGUAAGCCAUUGGUGGAAUACUUGUGCAAUCCUACGGGUUUGACAGAUAGGAUGAUCAAAUACAGAGCUCUUAAUUUCGUUCUGAUGGGACACGAACUGUUCAAGAAAACAACCGAAGGUGUACUGCUUAAGUGUCUGAGGGAGAACGAAGCGUAUUUGGCCGUGUCGAAUGUACACAGUGGGGCCUGUGGCGCGCAUCAAGCUGGACAUAAAAUGAAGUGGACUUUAAUGCGCUCAAGGGUUUAUUGGCCCUCGAUGUUAAAAGACUGCAUAGAGUUUGCAAAAGGAUGCCAACAGUGCCAGAUGCAUGGGGGCAUCCAACACAUCCCUGCAAGCGAAUUGCAUGCCAUUGUGAAACCUUGGUCGUUCAGAGGAUGGGAUUUGGACGUGAUUGGGGAAAUAAAACCAGCUUCGUCAAAACAGCAGAGGUACAUUUUGGUCGGUAUUGACUAUUUUACAAAAUGA